AUGUCUACUGUCCCUCGCCAAAGAAUUCGUGGUGCUUCAUUUAAGCAGGAGUACCAAUGUGCAGCGUUGCGAAGGACUCGGCAACGUGCGCCCUCGAUGAAUCAGGAGAUGAACAGCAGAUGGGUGCUUCCUGAUCAAGAUCCCAGAUACAACGGCAAACUUACCCUAGCAUUGGACUUGGAUGAAACUCUUGUUUAUGCUCGCGAAGGCCCUCUUUACGCGAGGCCAGGGCUUGAUGAGUUCUUCCAGUUGUGCAAGGAAAAAUGUGUGGAGGUCGUCGUUUGGACGGCAGGUUUACGUGCAUAUGCUCAGGCGAUCAUUCGAAACAUCGACAAGGACAGGGUUGUUUCUCAUUGCAUCUACCGACACAGUAAAUGGUUUACCGGCUGUGCUGGUUAUCAGAAGGAUUUAGCUGUUCUUGGAAGGCCGCUUGAGAUGGUUCUGAUAAUCGAAAACACCCCUGAUUGUAUUAGGGGCCAUCAACAGAAUGGGAUACUUGUGGAAGACUAUGAAGGAGGGGAAAGUGCCGACAACACCAUCCACGCCCUCCAGGAACUCGUUCGGAGACUUUGCGACAGCGGCAUGACCGUUCCGCAAUUCAUUUCUUCUUGUGACAUGUUGAAGCAUGGUCCAAUCCAAACUGACGUGGGUGAUUUUAUUGACGUUUACAGACUUGACACGUCUGUAUGGAAACCGGGUGAGCACGUGCGCGUCAAUCGGGACUUAGCGUCAUUGCAAUGCUAA